AUGUCGACUACCCCUCCACCUGUUCCACCCAAGCCUAAUAGCCAAGGGAGAAGCAAUAAUGAAGGUGGAAUCAAUCAAUUAUUGAAUCUAAUAGAUUCAGAAAUUCCUCACUCUAACUGGGGAACUCUAAGCAACAAUCAGCAAUACUCAAGUUCAUCCCAAUACCCUUCCUCAUCACCAUCAAAUUCAUAUAAUGCAAAUACAUUUUCGCAGUCUUAUGCUUAUAAUUCUGGACCGUCUUAUGGCAGCGCUCAAAAUUACGGUGGUCAACCUUAUUAUCAAGAGAAUCAGUACUCAAAUUCCCAAUAUCCAGCGUACUCACCAGGUUGGCCUGCUCAAACUUCGAACUAUUCAGAAAACUAUGGACCAUCUUCAAGCCAAUCUGGUUCCGCAAUGCCAACGCCUUAUAGUUAUGUAUCUGAAGGAACAUCGUAUUCUAUUCCCACUUCUCACACGGGACCAAAAACUACGCCGGUUGGAUACGCAACACCGCAACUAGUGAUGCCAGAUUUUCAUACAUACGUGAAUAAUUCAUCCGGGCAUCAGAAUGAUUCGAAUAGUCUGCCAAGGAAUUCUCAG